AUGGACUUUGACCAUCUCGCAAAAGAGCUGUCAGAUCGAAUUUUUCAGGUGUGGAUACACAAUCUCCCCAGAAAUUCACUAGAGGAUUUGGCAGGCAAGCUUGCUUCCUGCCAUUAUCCUGCUCUGAGUCGGGUUGUUGCUCGCUAUGAAAAGGUUGAGGACGAGGUCGCAAUAAUGAGCUAUGUUGCUCAGCGCACAACGAUGCAAUUUCAAACGAAGCCGACUGUCGGAAGAAAUACAUUGCGCGAGAUACCAAGAGAACAAUUGCAGUGGGCCUUUCCGGCUGAGUUUACUUACGCCGCUCCUGUUGAAUUUACACAUGCUGCUUGGUGGCUCUUACUGGAGCGUCCCGAGGACUGGGAGCCCGAUCUCGAUCAAUUUUAG